CUAAAAAAAGAAAAAAAAAAGGAAAAGGAAAGAACCCAGCAAGGCGCCCGAGUUCCACACGCCUCGCCGCCGGCCGGCCGCCUUGCUUUCCAAGCCGUCGUCGUGCGUGUCAAACCCCAAGACGCGCGUCGCGCACCACUCGCGCGAGCUUCCCCCGUAUAAAUGGCAGCUGCGCGCGCAGGCAGCCGCCCGCUCCAACCGACCGGGAGAGACCCACGAGCCAUCUGUGAAAUCGCCGCGCCAGCCUCGAGCUCCGCCCAAGCCUCCAACGCUGACGUGACGCGACACCAUCCCCUCAUGGUCAUGGUGCCGCGCCAGCAGCAGCCGCUGCUCCCGAGCUUCCUCUACGCGCCGCCGUCCGGCGCGACCGGCGGCAGGGAGGCGCCGCCCGCGGCGGUGGUGGCGGGGGCGCCGAGCGAGCCUCCGUUCGGGAAGAUCGAGAUGUUCUCGCCGGCCUACUACGCGGCGGGCGCCGUCGGCGGGGCCGCGGCCUGCGGGUUCACGCACGCCGCCGUGACGCCGCUCGACGUCAUCAAGUGCAACAUCCAGAUCGACCCUGCCAAGUACAAGAGCACCUCGUCGGCGUUCGGCGUGGUGAUGAGGGAGCAGGGCCUCCGCGGCUUCUACAGGGGCUGGGCGCCCACGUUCCUGGGGUACAGCGCGCAGGGCGCGUUCAAGUACGGCCUCUACGAGGUCUUCAAGAAGAAGUACUCCGACCUCGCCGGCCCGGAGUACGCCGCCAAGUACAAGACCCUCAUCUACCUCGCCGGCUCGGCCACCGCCGAGGUGUUUGCCGACAUCGCUCUCUGCCCCAUGGAGGCCGUCAAGGUCAGGGUGCAGACGCAGCCCGGGUACGCCAGGGGGCUCCGCGACGGCUUCCCCAAGAUCGUCAGGUCCGAGGGAUAUGCAGGAGGGCUGUUCAGAGGACUUGUUCCUCUUUGGGGGCGACAGAUUCCUUACACCAUGAUGAAGUUCGCGACAUACGAGAACAUCGUGGAGAUGACCUACAAGCACCUCAUCCCCACGCCGAAGGACCAGUGCAGCAAACCGCUCCAGCUCGUAGUCAGUUUCGGGAGCGGCUACGUCGCCGGAGUCUUCUGCGCCGCCGUCUCGCACCCCGCCGACAACUUGGUCUCCUUCCUGAACAACGCCAAGGGAGCCACUGUCGGAGAUGCUGUCAAGAACCUUGGCCUCGUGGGCCUUUUCACGCGCGGCCUUCCUCUUCGCAUUCUGAUGAUCGGUACCCUGACUGGAGCCCAGUGGAUGAUCUAUGAUUCCUUCAAAGUUAUGAUUGGACUGCCAACGACAGGUGGAGCGCCUGCUCCUACUACUGUCCCAAUGGAAGGGCAGGCAGAGCUGAAAGCCUCUGCUUGAAGGUCCAAAACUUCGACAGAAAAUGUGCUACUUUCAUCGGCACCAUGUUGCACUGGUGAUUGUAACAAUUUUUUCCCAAAGGAUUGUAUAUGGAAUAAAUUAGUUACUGCUGCCUGUUAUGAGCACAUAAUAGGAAAGGUAGAAAUCAAGUCAUAAUAUAGUUGAUAAAUCAUAUAUUCAUAUUGGAUGCAAUUCAUUUGGAUUUCUAAUUAAUUGGCCCUCCUAUGGUCAUUUGAUGGCACUAAAUUUUUCAUUUU